AGAAAAACAAAAAAAGAAAAAUAAAAUGUCAACAAUUUCAAGACACGUUUCUGAGGGAGUUAGACAAUUUUAUUAAAAAUCUAUGAAAAUUUUAAUAUAAAAAAGUGAAAAACUAAAAAUUUUGUUAAAUAUUUAAUAGAAUUUAAUAGCAAAAUAUAAAAAGUGAAAAUAUACAAAAUUCCAAGGGCAGGUAGACUUAACAAAUGUCACAAAGCCAGCAGCAGCAAACGCAAAAACAACCACAACAACAGAAGCCAGAGGGAGAACAAACAAAAACGGCAUGUAAAAACAGAAAACGAAAAAAUAGAAGAAAACGUUCUGAAGGCAGUGGACCAGCGGAAAAGUGUGAACCUAAAGAAAUUUUACUAGCAGGAGCUGGAGGCGAUACGAAAAUGGAAAAGAAACCUUUAAACACUUCCAUGGAACAAUUACAAGUGGCCCCCCGUAAACCCACUACACCCAUAGCCAGUCGCAAGGCGGCCGGUUCAAAUUGGGAAGCAGUGGUUAAAACUACCGCAACAAACAAACCUAAAACCAAUAAUGAACAAGAAAAUGUAGCUGCCGGCAAUAAGGGAAGUGCGGAAACAACCCCUUUAAGUAAAUCAGCUAAAUAUAGACAAAAGAGACGUAAUGCUGAACAGAAAUAUGUAUCCAUGGACUGUGAAAUGGUGGGUGUAGGCCUCAAUGGCCAGGAUGAUAUGCUGGCAAGAGUUUCAAUUGUCAAUAAACGUGGUGAGGUGCUGUUGGAUAAGUUCGUUAAGCCGCAGGAGAAAGUGACUGAUUAUCGUACUAGUGUUUCGGGCAUUAGGCCACAUGAUAUAGAUAAUGCUGAGGAUUUCAAAAGUGUACAAGAGGAGGUGGUACAAAUGUUGCAAGGCAAAAUCUUGGUAGGACAUGCCAUACGCAAUGAUUUGGCUGUCUUACAUAUAAAACAUCCUAAUAGCUGUAUACGUGAUACCUCACGCUAUAAGCCUUUAUGUCGUCUAGUAGCCAAUGGUCGUACCCCCAGUCUUAAACGUUUGUCCCAGGCCAUUUUGGGCAAGGAAAUACAAACUGGCGAACAUAACUCGGUGGAAGAUGCUCGUGCUGCCAUGAGUAUUUACAAUUGUUUGGCCAGCGAUUGGGAGAUGUAUAUUAAGAGACAUCAAAAAGGUGGCAAAUAACAAAGUGCCUCCAAACGGUUUCUACUCAUAACCUCAACCCACCUAGUUAUUAAGCUAAGCUAAAAUGCUCGCUGUUGUUGAAGUGUUUUUUCUUAUUAUUUUCUUUUUUUUUUCUCAAAAUUAUGCAAAUUUUUUCUGUUAUUGUAAAAGAAAUCAAGUUUUUCUAUAUUUUUUCAAAAUUCUU